GCUGCUUCUCUUAGUGCAGACUGCCCUGCUCCAGUAGUUUAUCAGCUGUCUUCUACAUGAACACAGCACCUGCACGUAGUAUAUAGGUCAGACAGUUGCUGGCUGUUUCCAGUUUGAGAAGGCACUAGAGUCACUGCAAUUCUGCAAGCAAGCCAACACUCUUUUAGAUAUUUAACCUUGCUCUUCCAUGCAAAGGUUAGUAGCUCUGCUUAAAAUAACUCUAGAAUGUGACUCCAAAGUGGGCUCUUUUUAUAACUCGCAAAGGCUGGCAGAGUUAGAUAUAAGUGACCUUGUCUUUGCUUAGUCAUUGUUGUAUAUCGUCCAACUCUCAGUUUUGAUCUGUUUAAUUUACUUUCGACAGGAACAACACUUGGCAUGGCAACAUAACAAUCUUUGGGACAGUGCCAGCCUGUUAGAUUAUCCCAUGACUGCUAAUAUUAAUCAUGAAUGAGCAAAAAGGUUUGGUCCAUGGAAACUUGCAGGAGAGCCAAUGCCAAUCAUGCAGUGACAUUUUGCUGAGUCCAGAAUCCUCAGUGACCUGAUUCAUAAUGCUGUCAUCAACACUGAAACUUUAUGCUCUGUGAACCAUUAACCUUGUCCAGAUAUCCAGACAGGAGAUGCAGUGAAUGACAAUCAUAGAAAAGAGCAGUUAAUGUGUGUCUGCUUUGUUAUGUAAAAUUCAACAAGGUUUCUAAAUCUGUAAAUGAUGAUGAGAAGGAGCAGCAUACUCCACCACGGUGUAAUAUCAGAGACAUAACAGCUUAGUUUUGGAUUUUAGAAGGAUCCACACUUCUUACAACUUCCAGCCUUUAAAAAUAAGGAAUAUGUUGGCUCAGUACUCAGCAACAUCUGCUAGUCUGGCUCAAGGGUUCUGACUCAGUUUUAAAUUUGUAAAUGAUAUUUCCUAAUAAUUAUGACCUAUUUCUCAUGUUAGUUAAAAUAACUUACACACACUAAAUAAAAAGCAUUUAAAGCUGCUAUAUUGAAACAAGUUGCAAAAAACCUCUCUCAACACCCAUGCUUUGCUACCUAGUCAGUCUCAAACAGGCAAUAUACACAGUUACUGAGUAGCUGGUAGGCGAUCAAAGUGGAGAAUUUGGCAGAUCAAGAGCCAGUUAUUUCCCUCAAGAUCUGGUACAGCUGAAACACGGAGCUACAGUCAGUGUGAAUGAAAUGCUACAAACACAGCUCCAAAUAUACAUUAAAUGUUGCUCUAUAUUGGUUGGAUGAUUUUGUGUAAAAACCUUAUUAACACCUGCCGCAAGUGCCUUAAAGUGUAGUUAUUUAGCCAGUUCUUCAUUAAGAUUAUCAAAACAACUUUAUUUGGAGGUAAAACCAGGAAUUCUUCUUCGUUUGGUUUCCAUUUAGGGGUUGCCAAAGUGGAUCAUCUGCCUCCAUUUUUUCACUACACCCAUGGUCCUUUUCUUUGAUCUUCCUCUUUUCCUAAUGCCUGGCAGCUUCAUGUUCAGCAUCUUUUUAUCCAAUAUAUCCUCUAUCCCUCAUGUCUUUUUGUCAAUGCCCCCAUCUUCAAAGCAUAUAUCAUAUCAGGCUUCACUACCAUCUUUAAACUUUCUCUUUUACUCUGUAACAACUCAUCCCGUCUCCAUCCAGCCUGCACUCUUUUCUUCACCUCCGUCGCGCUUCGGAUGAUCCGAUUCAAAGCAGCCCAGUUUGCAGGUUUCUCCUGUGAGUCUCUGUGUGAAAGGAUUGUGGAUGCCCAGAGUAGUGUACUGGUGACAGCAGACGGUGUUUACAGAGGAGAAAAACUGAUCAACCUGAAGCAGAUUGCAACCGAGGCUCUGGAGAAGUGCCGGGAAAGAGGGUCAGCUAGUGUCACCAAAUGCCUCGUCAUCAAGCACCAUGCACUGAAGACAAAAAGUGGAGGUGCAUGCAACAAACUACAGACCCCCUGGGACUCACAGUGUGAUGUUUGGUGGGAUGAGGCCAUGAGGGACUCCUCUGAGGAGUGUGAGCCCGAGUGGCUGGAUGCAGAGGACCCGCUUUUUAUCCUCUACACCAGCGGCUCCACCGGCAAACCCAAGGGUGUUCUCCACACUGUUGCUGGAUAUCUGCUCUACACGUCGAUGACCUUCAAGUACGUAUUCGAUCAUCACCACGAUGAUGUGUACUGGUGUACGGCCGACAUCGGCUGGAUCACCGGACACUCCUACAUCACCUACGGUCCACUUGCAAACGGUGCUACGAGCGUCCUAUUUGAAGGUAUCCCUGUUCACCCACAUGUUGGCCGGUUCUGGGAAAUAAUUGAGAAGUACAAAGUGACCAAGUUUUAUACAGCCCCUACAGCCAUCCGCCUGCUGAUGAAGUAUGGACGUGAGCCACUACAGAAGUAUGACCUCUCCAGCCUGAGGAUUCUGGGUACUGUGGGUGAACCCAUCAAUCCAGAGGCGUGGCAGUGGUACUAUAAAGUGGUUGGUCAAAGCAGAUGUCCCAUCGUUGAUACCUUCUGGCAAACAGAAACGGGAGGUCAUGUCUUGACUCCUCUACCUGCUGCUACACCGCUGAAACCAGGCUCUGCUACUUUCCCUUUCUUUGGGGUGGAGCCGACCAUCCUCAACGAGCACGGAGAGGAGCUGGAAGGUGAAGCUGAGGGUUAUCUGGUGUUUAAGAGGCCGUGGCCUGGAAUAAUGCGCACUGUGUUCAGGAACCAUGAGCGCUUCGAAAACACCUACUUCAAGAAAUUCCCAGGCUUUUAUGUGACUGGAGAUGGCUGCAGGCGGGAUAAGGACGGCUAUUACUGGAUCACAGGGAGAAUAGACGACAUGCUGAAUGUGUCAGGCCACCUGAUGAGCACAGCGGAGGUUGAGGCGGCUCUGACGGAGCACGGGGCUGUGGCGGAGGCUGCGGUGGUGAGUCGACCUCACAAGGUGAAGGGAGAGUGCCUCUACUGCUUUGUCACCCUCAAAGACAGCAGGGAGUUCAGUCACACGCUGGUGGAUGAGCUCAAGAGACUGGUGAGAGAAAAAAUUGGACCAAUCGCUACACCAGACUUCAUCCAGAAUGCCCCAGCGCUCCCAAAAACUCGCUCAGGAAAGAUCAUGAGGCGAAUCCUCAGACAGAUCGCUCGCAACGACAAGGACCUCGGGGACCUCUCCACCCUGGCUGACCCCAAGGUGGUGGAGGUGCUGUUUAGCCAGAGAUGUGAAGCUGCAGCCUGAAGAAGAAGAAGAAGAAAACAAACUCUCUGGCUUCAAACUAUGCAAUUGUACAGAUGAAGACAAUCACAAACUGCUGCUUUUUGGGUGUGAAUGAUAGGAAUGGGAUCACAAGGCACGGCAGAAAAUUACAGCGGACAUUAAAAUGUUCAGAUUUUUUUUUUAUGUAUGAGAGAAAACAAAACAUAAUUGAAAAUGUCAAAUUGAAUCUCUUUUUAAACAGAUUUAUGAAUGCGGUUGUGUUGAUGGUUUGUGUUUGGGCCAAAAUGUCACACGUACUAGUCUCUGUGAACUCUUUUGCCCAGUAUUGUAGAAGGAUGACCUUAAUCCUUGUUUUCGACUGAUGUAUAUUUCCAACCUGUGGUACAUUUCUAUGAAUAAAGUGUUUAAUCCAGC